AGUCUGCAGUUGCUUCUCAAGGAGACAGCCUGCGACUCAUUUUGUGAAAUGACGACUAAAGCUUCAUUUUUGGAAGAGGAGUUAUGUUGUUCUGUGUGCUAUGAGAUUUUCAAGGACCCUGUCGUCUUGGAGUGCAGUCACAGUUUCUGUAGACUCUGUUUGCAGCAGUGCUGGGGGGAGAACAGUCCUCUGGAGUGUCCCAUCUGCAGGAGCAUGUCCUCUACAGGCCACCCUCCCGUAAGCCUGGCUUUAAAAAACAUUGUGGAGUCCUACUUAAAGCAGAAGACUGAGUGUGAGGCAGCAGAGACAAGUGAAGACCAGUGUCCUCUUCACAGAAAGGAACUUCUGUUCUUCUGUGAGGAUGAUUUGCAGCCUCUCUGUAUUGUGUGUCAGACUUCAAAACAACACAGAAAUCACCAGAUUUGUCCUAUGGAAGAGGCUGUUCCGGAUCUGAAGAAUAGGCUCGUGACUGCACUAAUUCCUAUUAAAAAAAAGUUAGAGAGGUACACUGCAGUUAAACAAGUGUGUGAAAAAAACACAAAACACAUCAGGAAUCAAGCCCAGCACACAGAGAACCAGAUAAAGGCAGAUUUUGAGAAGCUUCACCAAUUUCUGCGAGCGGAAGAGGAGACCAGACUGGCUGCACUGAAGGAGGAAGAGGAGCAGAAGUGUCAGUUGAUGAAGGAAAAGAUAGAGAACUUCACACAAGUUAUUUCCACCCUUUCAAACACAAUCAAGUCUAUAGACAAAACCAUAGAGGGUGAAGAUCCUUUCUUUUUAAAGACCUAUAAGGAUGCUAAGAGAAGAGCCCAGUGCACACUGCAGGAUCCAGAGCUGCUCUCAGGGGCACUGAUAGAUGUGGCCACACACCUGGGCAACCUGAAGUUCAGAGUCUGGGAGAAGAUGCUGGAGAUGGUGCAGUACACCCCUGUGAUUCUGGAUCCCAACACUAUGUGCCCCUGGGUCUGUCUGUCAGAUGAUCUGACUUGUGUGAGGCACACUAAAGUUAAACAACAGAUUCCUGAAAACCCAGAGAGGUUUUCGCGUGGCGUAAUGGUAUUGGGCUCAGAGGGUUUUACUUCAGGGAGACACAGCUGGGAGGUGGAGGUGGGGGAAAAACCUGUCUGGACUAUAGGAGUGGUACAAGAGCCAAUCGACAGAAAGGGGGUCAUUUUAUGCAGUCCAGAGAAUGGAUUCUGGGUCCUAAUGCUGAGGAAUGGUGAUUACGGAGCAGCUGGAGUUACUAACCUCAAACUGAGGAGGAAACCCCAGAGGAUCAGAGUGGAGCUGGACUAUGACAGGGGGGAGGUGUCCUUCUUCGACCCCAGUGACAUGUCACAUAUUUACACUUUUGAAGGCACAUUCACUGAAAAAAUCUUCCCAUAUAUCAAUCCCUGCCUAAAUGAUGAUGGCAGAAAUGCUGGGGCCCUGCAGAUCUGUCCAUUGUCUGUAAGAGUGAUGAAAUCCCAGUAAGUUUGCCAUUAAUAAUGAUACCAUCGCAGUGAGUGUAUCAUUAAUAGUGAUGUCAUCCCAGUGAGUGUAUCAUUAUUAGUGACGUCAUCCCAGUGAGUGCCUCAUCUCAAUGAUGGUGUCUGUAACUGAUGUGGCCUAAACUAUUAAAACUGUUGAAGUGGAUUGGAUAAGGCUUUGUAGUCAACAUUUGUUCAUCUAUUAAUCUUCUGUCACACUUGCUGGAACCUCUAUAUGCAAUCUACAGCACCAGCUCUCCAUAGUUUCCUUGCAUGUUGCUAUUGCAGUGUUUGCAGUUCCAUAGUUUAUACUGUUCUGUCAGUUUGUGUGUUUUGUAUCUUAAUAAUCUUGUUUGUAUGUUUCUUGUAUACACUUUAUGAUGUUCUGUCAUGAAGGGUUUUUAUUUCCUUUAUUUUUUGCAAACAAAUUGUCAUAAGGGAAUCUAAAAAAAUACAAAUUUGAUAU